AUGGAGUCCACCGAGCCUUUCGGAGCUCAUGAAGAGGUAUGUCACGAGUUUUAUUCAUAUUUCAAAUCGAUUCUUCCAUAAUUUCGAAGUGUCUGUUUUGUUUUUAGUAUUACUUGUGAUGCCGAUAUCAAGUGCAAACUUGAGUGAGUAAAGGUUUAUUGAUUUUCAGACCACGUUUAUAAUUUGUGAGGUGCACGCAGAUGUCGUCAAUCCAAAUUCCGGGAAGUCCGGCAAAAUCAAUGGUGUCUUGUCGGUUGUGGAGAAGGUAAGAGUUGAAAUUUUUAUUCUUUUUUUGAGAUUUAGGUAUCUUCAACAAGAAACAAAUUAUAAAUUCCUUUUUUAUUGACUUGGCUAUUUGCAUUCAAAAUGAGGCAUUUUUUAUUUCCUAGACUUGGUAAACAAAUGGUUUCGAAACUUGAAUUGAUUGGGGAUCGUAAUUUAUAUUACUCAUCCAUCAGAUUGAAGUGUCAAAUAAGAAAAAAGUGGACUUUGUUGUUGUUUCGCCAAGUCAACGUUGAGUUGUCUAUUUUUAGCCUCAUGGAAUCUACAUCGAAUGGAAACCUGCUGAGAUUCCUGCUCCGGAAGAUGACAUCGACCAGAGUUGGGUGAUUGAAGGCAGGAAUAGCAAUCCACCUUCUCCAUCCGGUCGUUCUUUGGGUUUGAGCUACAAUGCUCUGGUCUUUUCGACUGAUAUAAAGGAUCUUCGUUCUUUCAAGUUUGAAGAGCCAAGUCAAGGUGAGAUUUUUAUUGUUUCUUGUGAAUUUAGGUAUCAAAAAUAUUGGCAAUGAAAUGAAGGGAUCAAUAGAACAUGAAGAACACCAUAAACAUUUUGAGAUUAAUGCAAAUUUCCGCGAGUGUUGAUGUUGAAAUGUUAGGAACUAGGUCAACGACAGCUGUUGUCAAUAACAACAUGUCGCUCCAUAUUGAACAUGAUUUUUAUAGGAAAUCCGUGGGUCCAGUUUAUCUGCAAGGAUGGCUCCACUUCCCAUGUCCUGCACUUUGAGAUUGGAGGAUAUACCGAGUUCGUUGCGCACCUUCAAAAGUACAUUACACUAACCAGAAGUUCUAAGGAGAAGAAUCUGGUGGUCGUUGUUGAUCCACGAGCUGAUGCUUUGGAAAAAUCCGUCGGAAUGCUCAAUAUCGAUAGGGAUAUUGUCUCUGUAAGUAGGACCUUUGGUUUAUUGUUGGUUAGGAUGUCUGUUCUUUUUUUAUUUCGGGCUUGAUGGCCUUGGUAUGAGGUGAAAUUUUAUAUAUUUUAUAUUUUCAGCGAUUCAUUGCGAAUCCAUAUGCCACAUCCAUGACUGCUUUGAGCAAGGUCACUUCAUUCAUGGCGCCAUUACUCGAUCCCGAUGCAGUUAUCAGUGAGAAUCAAAUCAGAGCUCUACAUCAAUUUGAUCCAGCUCCGGAUGAGGUGAACAAGUUGAGGUGAGAAGACAACCUUUUAAUUAGAUUUGACUUUAAUUUUCUUUUGGGUCUUAUUAAAUUUUUUUGCUGCCUUAUUUAUUUUUUUUUGUAAUUUUUACUUAUUUUUUAACAGGAAAGUACUUCUAUGGGGUAUGGAGUUACAGGUCGAGAUAUAUCAAAAAAAUCGUAAAAUUUUCUGAUUCAGAAUAUGUAAAAGUUAGCUGCCUAAUUUUGGUUUGUCAGGGUGAAAAAGUCCUCAGAACUUUUCUCGCAACACCACACAAAUUUCCCUUUUUUAUAUUGCAACUACUAAUUAAAGUGUAGUAUUAAUCAAAUUUGAUAUUUUAAAGCUUGCCAAGAUGCCAGGGUUCACUUUAGCUCAAAACAAAGCCUUUGAUUCGUGAUGUUGCGUGAAAAGUUCUGAGGGUUUUUCCCCCUUACAAACCACAAUUAGGCAGCUAACCUUUACAUAUUCUGAAUCAGACAAAUUUUGCGAUUUUUUUGAUGUAUGACUCGACCUGUAACUCCAUACCCCAUUGAAGUACCCUCCUUGAAAGUUUAAUAUAAGUUCAUUUCUUCCAGAGUUCACAACGAAGCCGGCUUCGAACAUAUCUUCAAGCUCGAACUCCCCGAACGCCCUAAGAUCCCAUCCCGCGACGAUCCGCUGAGCCCACAGACCUUCGAACGCUUCAAAGCGUCGGACGGACGAAUCUUGGACGUCCACCAACUGAAAAGCCUCAUAUUUAGAGGAGGAGUGGAGCCAGAACUUAGGCCUGUAAUGUGGAAAUACCUACUGGAUUAUUGGAAGUGGGAUUUGAGUGUGGAAGAGAAUAAACAAAGAGCGGAGAAGCUGAAGGACGAUUAUUACAGGAUGAAAUUGCAAUGGAUGAGCAUCACCGAAGAUCAAGAGGCUCGGUUUGCGGAGUUUAGGGACCGGAAGGCUUUGAUUGGUAAGGGAAUUUGGGGUUUUUAAUUUAGUUUUUGUAUUUUUUUUAUAUUAUUUUAGGUGAAAACUUGAUAAAACUUUUUUUUGGGUGAUACACAUGUUUUUUUAGACAAAGAUGUGAACCGAACCGACCGUUCUCACCCAUUUUUCCGGAACAAGGAGAACCUCGCCCUCCUCAAGGACAUCCUCAUGACCUAUGUUAUGUAUGACUUCGAUCUGGGGUAUGUCCAAGGAAUGUCCGAUUACCUGUCCCCUCUGCUCGUUGUAAUGGAGAACGAAUAUGAUGCGUUUUGGACGUUCACUGGCCUCAUGAGACGUGUCCACAAGAACUUUGAAAUGGAUCAGCUCGCGAUUAAAAAACAAUUGGCCGACCUGAGAGCUCUUUUGGAGAUUGUAAAUCCAAAAUUGACCAAUUAUUUGGGUAAGAGCGCGGUUAUCUUACAAUUUUUAGACUUUUUUUGACGGUAUAAUCGAUUUUUGAACCUGAUAUUGAAGGUUUGUCUUUGUAGAAGGUCAUGAUUCGGACCACAUGUACUUCUGUUUCCGAUGGAUUUUGGUGGCUUUCAAGCGGGAAUUCGGCUUCGAUGAUAUCAUGAGAUUGUGGGAGGUGUUGUGGUCGGAUAUCCCCUGCAAGAACUUCCUCUUACUGAUAUGUGCCGCCAUUCUGGAUGGGGAAGAAAAUAUGAUAAUUGUUAAUAAAUUCGGUCUAACCGAGAUCUUGAAGGUAAGGAGAAAAUUUUGGGGGAUUAUAGGGGAUUUUAUGGAAAUUUUUUGAUUAAAGAUGGGCAUUGGAUACGAUUGCUAGACGUAUUUUAGAUUUUUAUGAAAUUUUGCGCUGAUUUUGGCUUUUAGAAGCAAUAAUUUCGGGAUUUGCUGAAUUUUUUUUCACUAUUUUUGUCAAGUAUAAUAUAAUGAUCUUUUGUUUUCAGCAUGUGAACAACAUGUCCAUGAAGCUGGACCUGAGCAAAGUCCUCCGCGACGCCGAAGCCACCUUCCAUCAGCUGGCCGCCGUCCAGGACAAACUCCCUCGCCACAUUUGCGAGAUCCUCGGCUUCGGCUUCGAUGACAGCGCUGGCCCCUCCAAAAGCGAGGACUAA